AUGUACUCCACUUCACUGCUCAGCCCCGCCAUUCUCUUCCCCACCAACAACCCAAAACCCACCACCAAAACCAGACCCAAACACCACCAACUCCGUCCUAGAAUGUCACUCAACCACCAAACACCGCCUCCAAUCGUCAACCCCUUCAACUCCGUAGCCAAGCUCCUGUGGGGCAAAUCCCUCCCACCCCAGCUCCUCAUCUCCACCGUCCGUUCCACCUGGUCCACCGCGUGGCACCUUAUGAUGUCUCAGCUCGCCCCCUCCGAUUCCUCCGGCAGUUACACCCGACCCACCUCCCUAUUUCGCGCCAAUCCCAACCAAUUUCCCGGAGAAAAAGCACCGGGCCCCACAGCCCUCCACCUCUACGUGGGCCUUCCUUGCCCGUGGGCCCACCGGACCCUCAUCGUCAGAGCACUCAAGGGUCUCGAAGACUCCAUCCCUGUCUCAAUUGCAUCGCCUGGCAUAGAUGGUUCUUGGGUAUUCCUGGAUAACAAUACCACCAGUGGGAAUAAGCUUAUUGCUGGUUCUGAUAAGGCCAAUGGGUGUAAAGCCCUCAGGGAGGUUUAUAAGCUACGGCAAGUGGCCAUUAUGUCAAUCAGUGUCACGGUCUGA